UAUGAACCGGUCAAAAAAAUUAGGGUUUCGAAAACUUUUGAGUGUUGAGAUUAAAAAUUGCACUCUCAAUUGUAAUGGAUUAAGUUUUAAUAGGGCAUGUAAAGCUUGUAGAUGCUAUUUUAAUCCUAUUAUUACUAGUCUUAUGUUUUUUUGUGCAAUUUCAGCAAAAUGAUAUCAAUCAUUAAUAUAGAUAAAAUUAUUUGUCUUGGUAAAUAGAUGGAUAAUGCAGUACAUUGCCAUCAUAAGAAAUUACAAAUUCCAUUGAAAGAAGGUAUUGCCAUCAUAAGGAUCCCACAAUACCUGUUUUAGAUCUGAGUUGCCUAUACCAUGUUCAUAUGAUAACUGACUCUAUAGCUUCAAAUCGAUUCUAUUUAUAGAACUAUCGUUUAUUAACGGUAUUAAAUUGCCUUUUUUUCCUUGUUCUCUCUCAAAAACGAAACCAAUUAAGCUGGGAGCGAAAGUGAUCUAAGCUCGAAGCGCCGCAUGAAAAACGUCCUCCAGAAGUGGUUUCAAGCCUUUUCUGCUUUAUGUACCUAAUUUUAGCGAUUCGAAAAUUAGCCGAAAAACGAUUCGAAUAAUUUGCGAUUCGAUUUCAAAUAUUUGGUUCGCUUGGACAGCCCUAAAUAUCACUGUUCAAUAAUAUGCAUAAAAUCAACCUUUUUUGUAAUUUUUUUCUAAUUCUGUAAUUCUAAUGUGGACUUGUUAAUUUUGACGAAAUAAUGUGUAUUCAAAACAUGUCCUCAAUGAUUGAUGUAACCUCAGAACUGGUUAGCAGGCGCAGAGGUGAAUUAAGGCCAUUAUACACCAUGAAUGGAUUGCGCAAUCUUCCAGCCAACCUCGAGGAAAAUUUGGCCAAGACAGUGGAGCAUGUUUAUAGACAACAAGGCUUUCCAAGUUCGGAUUUAUCCAGUGUUCUUCAGGCUAUUCUGAAAUCUUUGAAACUAGGAAAAGACUAUAGUAAAAUUAUCAGUAAUCCCAAGUGGGUUAAAGGAUUUUGUCAAAGAUGGGGACAUAAGAUUUUUUGUGUGGAUCUGGAAGAUACCGAAGACAGCCAAUCGCAGAAUUUCAAUAUCAUAGGUUCUCUUACUAUGUUGCCAACUUCAAGUUCUAUCAGUGAGAUUGUCGAGGAACCAUUAGUUGAAAACUUGGCAACCAAAACCAAUCAUCAGAAAGGAAGCGUGAUUGAAGACAUUGAAUGGAGUACUGACUUGAAUUUAUCUUCUCCUCAGCAAUAUAGAGAACAUCAAUAUAGCUCAAAUCGCGUUCCUAAAUCUAAAGUGUUAAGUAACAUGCGUCAUCAUAUUUCAUCAAAAAAUGCAAAAAGAAGGAAGUGGGAGGAUGAUACUUAUGAUUCAUGUUCAUCAGAGAGUGAUAUCUCUGAUGAUAUGUAUGCCAAGAAAAAAAGUGGUCUGAAGUAUCAAGUCCCAUGUUGGAGUGAAGACACAGAAGAAGAAUCAUCUGAAGAAAAAGAUGAUUGCAUAAUUAUAUCCUGUUCUGAAAAGGAAAAUAGUGAUGAAGAUUCAUCACCAAAUGAACAAGAUACCACCAAAUUACUGACACCUGGAAGAGCUGAUUUGGGUCUUCGAAAGAAAAUCAAACCAGUUGAACGAUUUCAAGCUGGCAUGUUCAAAUCGAAGAAGAAGAAGAAAGCAAAGUUCACAAGAAGAGAAGUUUCUGAGUCAUCUAGUUGUGAAGUGUCCUCUGAUGAAGAAUCAUUGGCUUCGAAUUCAGACAAUUCUAAAGAAAAUCAAAUGGAAGAUCGGGACGAAAUGAAUUUUAAAAAAGUUAUGAAUGGAACUAUGAAAAUAGAAGAUAUAUGUCUGGCCUGUGGAACCACUGAAGAAAUCGUAGCCAAACAUCCUCUAUUUAUCGGUGGUUUAUGUAAAGAACAUGAAGAAUUAUUCCAUGAAUGGUUCUUUAAAUAUGAUUCUGAUGGCUAUCAUUCAUGUUGUUCUGUGUGUUGCAUGGGAAGUAAACUUGUGUUAUGCGAUAUAAAAGAUUGUUUAAGGUGUUACUGUAAGAAUUGUCUUGAUUCUCUUGUUCACCAAGGUCGUUUCGAUGAAGCUGUGCAAUCAAAGCACUGGGUUUGUGAUUUCUGUAAAGAAUCUGAAGAGGGUGUGCUCAAGAAGCGUCCUGAAUGGCAGCACGAAAUACAAAGACUAUAUCAGUGCAAAACUGAAUCUAAAUUUCCACCAUUCCAAGUACCACCUCCAAUGCCAGUGCAAUCAAGAAGACCUAUCAGAGUUUUAUCGCUUUUUGAUGGAAUUGCAACAGGAAUUGUGGCACUAAAACAGCUAGGACUUGAAAUUGGAAAGUUUGUUGCCUCGGAAAUAAAUGAAGAUGCUAUACGACUCGUACAAAACAAACACCCCGAAGUAGUUCAUGUCGGUGACAUCACAAAAUUAACAGAUGAUGAAAUUUAUAAAAUGGGUCCUUUCGAUCUUCUUCUUGGCGGAAGUCCAUGCAAUGAUCUCUCUGGAGCUAAUCCUAGGAGAAGAGGACUUCUGGAUGCAGAGGGCAGCGGUUGUUUGUUUUUUGAUUUUUAUCGGGUUCUAAGGACCGUAGAACCCCCACGAUCGCAGCAAAAAAUACCAUUUUUUUGGCUAUUCGAAAAUGUUGUGUCGAUGAAAGGCAUAGAAAAACAGAGAAUCUCACGCUUUUUACAGUGUGAAGCAAAAAUGGCUGAUGCACGUAAUGUCAGUGCUGCUGCCAGACCAAGACUAUUCUGGGGAAAUAUUCCUGGACUGAAAGAUCGUAAAAUUACUCCUGGUAUAAAUGAUAAACUCACCGUUCAAGAAUGUUUGGAGUCUGGCAGAACAGCAAUGGUAAAACAAUUGAACACUAUUACUACAAAGUAUACCUGUCUUUAUCAAGGUCAGGCAAGACAGGCUCCAGUAAAACAUGGUGACAAAGAAGAUGUUUUAUGGACAACUGAAGUUGAAAGAAUAUUUGGUGUUCCUGAGCAUUAUACAGAUGUCAACAACCUAGGCCCUCGAGAAAGACUAACUCUCUUGGGAAGAUCUUGGUCUGUGCCUGUUGUCCGUCUUCUUUUAUCUCCUCUUAAAGAAUAUUUCUCGGGGGUAAAAGUUGAAAAUAAUCCCAGUUGUUCAUGGUGGCGUUGAUAUUAUUCAAUAAAUAUAUAGGGUAUCCAUAAAGUCCUAACAAUUUUAAAAUUGCAAAGGGAAUUUAUUGAUAACAUAUAUUGUUUUGGCCCUCACGGAUGUAUCAAAUGAGGUAAAAACACUCGAACAAUUUCUGAUUAAAAAACAACAAACCUGGUUGAGAUAUAUUGAGAACUAACUUCAUAACAAAAUUGAAAUUAUAAAGAGACACUAUGGACACCCUGUAUAUUAUGUUUUCAUGUGAUAUAAAGUAUAUAUACUGCCGUUUUUGAAAUCAGUUACCUGAGGUAAAAUACAUUUGUAACUUGUUAUUAUUCAUUUCAACUAUGUAGAUAUUGCUCAUAUACUUAUGUGCAUAUAUUUUAGCGUGAACUAAAUGUUUAUUCUACCUCAACAUUGAUAUCAGCAUCUGGUUUUAUGGUGUAUUGAAUUUUAUUCAUUGUAUAUAUGCAAUACCUUUUAUGGGUAUUCUGUUUUUAUUGAUGUAGCAUUUUGCUACAACACCACCUAGCCAAUUUCACUGUUUUUAUUUAGCUGCUUUUGCAUUUUUUUAAUGAAUUUCGUAUGUCAAACAUACUUUUCACUGCCACACGCAUUUAUUGAUGUUUUACUCUUAUAUCAACCAGUGUUAUAUUACAAAAUAUUGCACUCAAA